CGUCCCCGGCGCCCUCCCAAUGUCGCCCAAGACGAUGACAACGACCCCUGCGCCGACGCCCGUGGACACCCGCGCGCUGGUCUGGAAGAUCGAUGUCCACCUCGUCCCGGUGCUCUGUGUCCUAUACUUAAUGGCCUUCCUCGACCGCGUCAACAUUUCCAAUGCCGCCCUCUACGGGCUGCAAACCGACCUGCAUAUGUCGUCGACCCAGUACAGUACCGCGCUCGUCAUCUUCUUCGUGCCCUACAUCCUCUUCGAGAUCCCAUCUAACAUUCUCCUCAAGAAGCUCUCGCCGAACGUCUGGCUUUCGCUCUGUAUGGGCAUGUUCGGCAUCACCACCAUGUGCCAGGGGCUCGUUAGCAGCUACGGGGGCCUCCUCACGACGCGCUUUUUCUUGGGGCUCUUCGAAGCGGGGAUGUUCCCCGGGUGUUUUUACCUGCUUGCGAUGUGGUACAGGCGGGAGGAGAGCAUGAAGCGGUACACGUUCUUCUUCUGCUCGACCACGCUCGCAGGCGCAUUCGGCGGGCUGCUCGCCUCGGCAAUAGGCCAGAUGGACGGGGCGCGCGGGUGGAGAGGAUGGCGGUGGGUGUUCAUCAUUGAGGGAGUUGCGACAGUCGUCAUUGCGGGAUUCCUAUUCUUCUUGAUCCCGAGUUUCCCGGAGGCGGCGCGGUUUUUGACCGAGGCGGAGAGGGAGGUGGUAAAGGCGCGCCUGGCAGAUGAUGUAGGCGAGAGUCACUAUGAGGAGGAUGGCCAGGACCUUAACAAGGGCGUCAGAAGGAGAAAGGUGCAGGAUGUCCUAGCGGUUUUCAAGGACUACAAGAUAUUCCUCGGGGGACUCAUGUACUUUGGUCUCAUUGUCCCCGCUUACGGGUACGCCUACUUCGCCCCAACGAUCAUCAAAGGUCUGGGCUACACCUCUAUCCAAGCCCAGCUGCACUCCGUCCCGCCCUGGGCAUGCGCCUUCUUCUUCGCCAUGAUCACCGCGACGCUCUCCGACCACCUGCGGCACCGCUACCUCUUCAGCGUCUUCACCGGCGCGCUCGCCGCGGUCGGCUUCAUCAUGCUGCUCACGAUCCACACGAACCUGCACGCGAUGUACGCCGCGCUCUUCCUCGUCACGUGCGGCGCGUACACGUCCAUGCCGAUCCUCGUCUGCUGGUUCAACACGAACCUCGCCGGGCACACGCGGCGCAGCGUCGGCAGCGCGUGGCAGGUCGGCUUCGGGAACGUUGGGGGCAUCAUUGCGAGCUACAGUUUCCCGAGCGAGGACGCGCCGAGGUAUACGCGGGGGUAUGCGCUCGCGUUGGCGUUUGUGUGCUUGUCGAUUGUGGCAAGCACGGCGUACUGUGUGGGGAUCACGCUGGAGAACAAGAGGAGAGACAAGCUGCAGGGAGUGACCGGGAUUGACACGGAGAGGGUCAGUAUAGGGAGCGAGAAGGCCAGCGAGAAACUUGAGGAGGAGAAGGAGAGGGAGAGGGAAAGAGGCCGGAUGGGAGAUUUGGAUGUGUCCUACCGUUACCUGCGGUAACUUGAGGGUGACCACUCGGUAUGGUCGGCUUGACGAGAAGACGAAAGGAGAGAUGAUGUGCGAGUAUUGGUUGAAGAUACGCUUUCACUGUCUUGGAUCCUCAGUCGCUCAGGGAUGAAUUGGGCGCAGAUGGGAUGCUUUUAUUUCAAGGAAAAGUAACCACUACCUGUAUAUUCUGUAUAACUAGGCUAUUGACCUCUGUAUCUCAUAUCACAGUCACCCCGAAUCAGGAUACUUCAUGUGUACAAGUCAUAUCUUUGAUGUCGUGCUGUUUUACAUUGCUUGUACACGCCUGCGCCGUGAUUGCGAAGAGUCACAACUAUGCCCAGCGAAUGCGAACUACCCCUCACAUGGCCCCAAACACCAUUAUACUAGCAUACUAUGACUUAACCACCCGAUGCAUGAGCGAAAUGAUUUCACGCGACGUAAGACGCUGAUCUGGUUGCUGUACCCAGCAGCGGGUGAUCAACUGCCACAGUUCAUGGGACAGCACUCGUCCAUUGCAGUCUUCGGGUGACGGCUUGUCUGGACGAAUACCAUCAAUCACCGCUAAG